CGCGAGCUCGGAUGUGCGUGCCGGAGGAGUGACACGUGCAGAAGAAAAAAAAAAAAAAAAUAGAAAAAUUAAAAAAAAUAUAGGGGUACAUCCAGGAGUUUUAUUUUGUGUUAAAUUUUUUUUACUGUAUAUAUAUAUUUUUUAAGGUGGAUUUUUGUCCUCAAUUUUUACUUGAAGUGGGAAGAAUUCAGUCCACAUCUUAGCAACCAUGGGAAGAGGAGAAGGACGUGAGCAGUAUGAAUUGGCUGCGACCUCGGAGCAGGGGGGCAAGAAGAAGGGGAAGGGGAAGAAGAAAGAAAAGGAUAUGGAUGAACUGAAGAAGGAAGUGGAUAUGGAUGAUCACAAGCUGACCCUGGAUGAGCUCAAUCGGAAGUAUGGAACAGACCUCACCAAUGGUUUGACCAGUGCAAAGGCGGCUGAGAUUCUGGCCCGUGAUGGGCCCAACGCCCUCACUCCUCCUCCCACCACCCCAGAAUGGGUCAAGUUCUGCAAACAGAUGUUUGGCGGUUUCUCCAUGCUUCUGUGGACCGGUGCCAUCCUCUGUUUCCUGGCCUAUGGCAUCCAAGCUGCAAUGGAGGAUGAGCCUGCAAAUGACAAUUUGUACCUGGGUGUUGUACUUUCCGCUGUCGUCAUCAUCACUGGUUGCUUCUCCUAUUACCAAGAGGCCAAGAGCUCCAAGAUCAUGGACUCCUUCAAAAACCUGGUGCCACAGCAAGCCCUGGUUGUCCGUGACGGCGAGAAGAAAAGUAUCAAUGCUGAGGAGGUGGUUGUUGGAGAUUUAGUGGAGGUGAAAGGUGGUGACAGGAUCCCUGCUGAUCUGCGAAUCAUCUCUGCCCACGGCUGCAAGGUGGACAACUCCUCUCUCACUGGUGAAUCUGAGCCUCAGACUCGUACUCCCGACUUCUCCAAUGAGAACCCACUGGAGACCAGGAACAUUGCUUUUUUCUCCACCAACUGUGUUGAAGGAACUGCCCGUGGUAUUGUGAUCAGCACCGGAGAUCGCACAGUCAUGGGUCGCAUCGCCACGCUAGCUUCUGGACUCGAAGUCGGACGCACACCCAUCUCCAUUGAGAUUGAGCACUUCAUCCACAUCAUCACCGGUGUGGCCGUCUUCCUUGGUGUUUCUUUCUUCGUUUUGUCCCUCAUCCUCGGGUACACCUGGCUGGAAGCCGUCAUCUUCCUUAUUGGUAUCAUUGUCGCCAACGUGCCAGAAGGACUCCUAGCUACUGUCACUGUAUGUCUGACUCUGACUGCUAAGCGUAUGGCCAAGAAGAACUGCCUGGUGAAGAACUUGGAAGCUGUAGAGACCCUUGGCUCCACCUCCACAAUCUGCUCAGACAAGACCGGCACCCUGACCCAGAACAGGAUGACUGUAGCCCACAUGUGGUUUGACAACCAGAUCCACGAGGCCGACACUACUGAGAACCAGAGCGGGACCUCCUUCGACAGGAGCUCCGCCACCUGGGCUUCCCUGGCAAGAAUCGCUGGACUUUGCAACCGUGCUGUCUUCCUGGCAGAGCAGAGCAACAUUCCCAUCCUGAAGAGAGAUGUAGCUGGUGAUGCCUCUGAGUCGGCUCUAUUGAAAUGCAUUGAACUGUGCUGUGGAUCAGUUCAGGAUAUGAGAGAGAAGAACCCCAAGAUUGCUGAGAUCCCGUUUAACUCCACCAACAAAUACCAGCUUUCCAUUCAUAAGAACUCCUCAAGUGAAGGAGAGUCCAAACACCUGCUGGUGAUGAAAGGCGCUCCAGAGAGAAUUCUGGACCGCUGCUCCACCAUCAUGAUGCAAGGCAAAGAGCAGCCUCUGGAUGAUGAGAUGAAAGAUGCUUUUCAGAACGCUUACCUGGAACUCGGAGGACUGGGAGAGCGAGUGUUGGGUUUCUGUCAUUACAAUCUGCCUGACGACCAGUUUCCAGAUGACUUUGCUUUUGAUACUGAUGAGGUUAACUUCCCUACUGAGAACCUAUGCUUUAUUGGCCUAAUGUCCAUGAUUGACCCUCCUCGUGCUGCUGUGCCUGAUGCUGUGGGCAAAUGUAGGAGCGCUGGAAUCAAGGUCAUCAUGGUCACAGGUGAUCAUCCAAUCACAGCUAAGGCCAUUGCUAAAGGUGUGGGCAUCAUCUCUGAAGGCAAUGAGACUGUUGAAGACAUUGCUGCUCGUCUGAACAUCCCGAUCAAUGAAGUCAACCCAAGAGAUGCCAAAGCUUGUGUUGUUCAUGGUGGGGACCUGAAGGACCUGACCUCUGAGCAGCUUGAUGAUAUCCUGAAGCACCACACUGAGAUUGUUUUUGCCAGGACUUCCCCACAGCAGAAGCUGAUCAUUGUGGAGGGCUGCCAAAGACAGGGAGCCAUUGUAGCUGUGACAGGUGACGGUGUGAACGAUUCUCCAGCUCUGAAGAAGGCUGACAUUGGUGUUGCCAUGGGGAUCGCUGGGUCUGACGUCUCCAAACAGGCCGCAGACAUGAUCCUGCUGGACGAUAACUUUGCCUCAAUUGUUACUGGCGUGGAGGAAGGUCGUCUGAUCUUUGAUAACUUGAAGAAGUCCAUCGCCUACACUCUGACAAGUAACAUCCCUGAGAUCACCCCCUUCCUCCUCUUCAUCAUUGCCAGCAUCCCUCUGCCUCUGGGAACCGUCACCAUCCUCUGUAUCGACCUGGGAACUGACAUGGUCCCUGCCAUCUCUCUGGCUUAUGAAGCAGCUGAGAGCGACAUCAUGAAGAGACAGCCCAGAAAUCCUAAAACAGACAAACUGGUGAAUGAAAGGCUUAUCAGCAUCGCCUACGGACAGAUUGGUAUGAUCCAGGCUUUAGCAGGUUUCUUCACCUACUUUGUGAUUCUGGCUGAAAACGGCUUCCUGCCUGCCACUCUGCUGGGCAUCCGAGUGUCCUGGGAUAACAAAUAUGUCAACGACCUGGAAGACAGCUAUGGUCAACAAUGGACUUAUGAGCAGAGGAAGAUCGUAGAGUUCACCUGCCACACCGCCUUCUUUGUCAGCAUUGUCAUUGUCCAGUGGGCUGAUCUGAUCAUCUGUAAGACCAGGAGGAACUCUGUCUUCCAGCAGGGCAUGAAGAACAAGAUCCUGAUCUUUGGGCUGUUUGAGGAGACCGCCCUGGCCGCCUUCCUCUCCUACUGCCCGGGUAUGGACGUUGCCCUCAGAAUGUACCCUCUCAAGCCCAACUGGUGGUUCUGCGCUUUCCCUUACUCCCUGCUCAUCUUUAUCUAUGAUGAGAUCCGUAAGCUGAUCCUCAGACGCAGCCCAGGAGGUUGGGUGGAACGGGAGACCUACUAUUAAAGACCCGUCCGCCUGUCAGUCCAGUCAGCUCGCAUCUUCUCCUCCACUCCCGUCUUUGCAUGAAUAUUGUCUUGCUGCUCGGAAUAAAAUUUUAACCUCUGUGGAAAAAAAAAAAAAAAUUGGAACGUGUUUUUAUAUUAGGGAAUGCUUGAUACUACUAUUAGACAAAUACUGAGAUGGAACGUGCUGAUGAUGCUGAUGAUGUUGAUAAAUGAUAAUGCUAAUAAUGAUAUGAACACUGAACAUUGACAUGACUAUGCGUGCCUUGUUUAUGAAACAGGACCAAUUUUAUACAUGUUUUUAACAGUUAUAAACGUUCAAUAAAAAUGCGCUCGAGUCAGGUCCCACAAA